UUCCACUCCGACUCGAGUGCCGCCCCCGCCUGCUCCUCGCCGCGCCUCCUUCCAGUCAAAACCCUAGCUAGCACACGCCCCAAACCACCCUUCAUCCGCGAGGAGGUGCUCCUGCCGCCAGAAGCUUCCGGGGAGGCGCGGCGAUGGUGUGGUUCCAGUGCGAGGACUGCGGGGAGAACCUCAAGAAGCCCAAGCUUGCCGGUCACUUCCGCUCCUGCUACGCCUCCAAGCUAUCAUGCAUCGAUUGCGGCGAGUUCUUCAGCCAGGACACCGUGCAGGGGCACACCCAGUGCAUCUCCGAGGCCGAGAAGUACGGUCCCAAGGGACAGAGCAAGCCGUCCAAUGGUGCGUGGGGUAAGCCAGAUAAACCAAAGCCAAAUGCAGAUGUUGAUAUCAACGUUGGCUUGUCGACACGGCCUCCUUGGUUCUGCAGCCUAUGCAACACCACUGCCACUAGCAAGCAGACUCUCUUACUGCAUGCUGAUGGAAAGAAGCAUAGGGCAAAAGCGAAAGCCUUCCAUGCUUCACAGAAGCAAGCAAAUGGAGCUGAACAAACUGCAGAUGUGAAGGAAACCGGGGCUGUGCCUACAAUAGAAUCUGCUCAAGGAAAUGGGGGUAAGAGUGGUGACCAUGAAAGAGAUGAAGAAAAGGAUGCUGGCAAAAGAAAGAGAGUGGAUGACAUGGCAGUAGAGGAGCCAGAUAACACAAAAAGACAGCAUUUAACAAGUUCGAACAUUGGAGAGGUGAUACAAUCUAAAGAUGGGAAGUCAGAAAACAAAACAAAGAGUACUGCAGGUGAACUCGCAGGUGUUGCUGACUGUAAAAGUGUUCAGAAACAAAAGAUCAAGUGGAAGAAGAUUAUUACUAAGACACUGAAGACGAAUCCGGAUGGAGUUAUGAAGCUUAAGAAGCUGCAAAAGCUAGUUGCCAAGGAGCUGCAGGAAUGUGGCCUGACUGAAGACAAGGAGGGGCUCCAUGCUACCUUGAUGGAUAAAAUAGCUUCAAGCUCCAGAUUUAAUGUUGAUGGCAAGCGCGUUAGAUUGGUGGCGAAGAAUGAAGACGAAUCAUAGAUACUGGUUGUCAGUCGAUUUUUGGCAUUGUUGGUCGGUCUGAUUCUUUGGUGUCUACUUCCUGAUGGCUUGUGGCCAAGUUUUGGUUAAAUUGAAUGUAACGCAUGGAUUGUCAAUGAAAUUCAAUGACUGUCAGACAUUAUGGGAACUUUGGGGGCUCAAUUUUCGUGGCAACCAUUUUGAAGUGAA